AUGGAGAAUCUGUUGAAAAAGUACAAUGUGAAACAUAAGAUUGCCACUGCUUACCAUCCUCAAACCAGUGGUCAGGUGGAGGUUUCGAACAGGCAAAUCAAGCAGAUUCUCGAAAAGACUGUUAGUGCUUCGAGAAAAGAUUGGUCUAUGAAACUUGAGGACGCACUAUGGGCGUACAGAACAGCAUUCAAGACCCCCAUUGGUGAAUUACGGAUUCUUCAACUCCAUGAGCUAGAAGAAUUUCGUGAUCAAGCCUAUGAGAAUGCUAAGGUCUAUAAAGAGCAGACCCGGAAAUGGCAUGAUCAGAGAAUAAAACAGAAAGUAUUUUGGGAAGGCAAAUUAGUGCUUCUUUUCAACUCCAGGCUUAAACUCUUUCCUGGGAAAUUAAAACCCCGGUGGUCUGGUCCGUUUGUGGUACAAAAGGUAUUCCUUCAUGGUGCGGUAGAAGUUAAAAAUCCAAACAAUGGAAAUGUGUUCAAGGUAAAUGGACAACGGCUGAAGCCCUACUACACUGGAGUAGGAACGGGAGUGAUCGAUCAUUUGCGUCUCACCGGAUGA